AUGAGCCAGCUCAACCGACAGACUGUUCCUACUACCCAGAAAAAGAAAGGGUGUAGGUCAGUUAGGAAAGUCAUCUCAGCACUUUUCAGCAAAUGGUGUCCAUGCAUUGCCAGGAAAGUGCAUGGAGAUAACACAAAUGGGCCAAGAGAUGCCUCACCUACCGGCAUCACCAGCAGAACAUCAUCGGCUCCAAACAUUAAGCCAAAGUCAAAAUCUUCUUUAGCAUCAUUCGCUCAACCCAAUUUUACUGAAGAGCAACCUCAACUGGCUUCAGAAGAUAGCAGCAAUGACAACGAGUUAUUGGCUUCAGCCAACUUCAAGGACUCAGGCUUAUCUACCUCAUGUAGCCAGCCACCAUCUCUAGCUUCAUUGGCUUUGACCCAAACCAAGGACUCGGCACUAUCUGCCUCAUGUAGCCAUCCACCAUCCCUGGCGACAUCGGCUUUGCCCCAAACCAAGGACUCUGAAUUAGAUGCAUCAUGUAACCAGCCACCAUCUCCAGGUUCAUUGGCUCUGACCCCUAAAGACUGGCAAUUAUCUGCCUCAUGUAACCAACCACUAGCUCCGACUUCAUUGGCUUUAACCCCUGAAGACUGGACAUUAUCUGCCUCAUGUAACCAGCCACCAUCUCUGGCUUCAUUGGUUUCAACCCCUGAAAACAGUGCAUUAUCUGCCUCAUGUAACCAGCCACCAUCUCCAGCAUCAUUGGCUUUGACCCAAGCCAAGGACUCAGCAUUAUCUGACUCAUGUAUCCAGCCAUUAUCUCCGGCUUUAUUGGCUUUGACCCAAGCCAAGGACUCAGCAUUAUCUGACUCAUGUAGCCAGCCACCAUCUCCAGCUUCAUUGGCUUUGACCCAAGCCAAGGACUCAACAUUAUCUGACUCAUGUAUCCAGCCAUUAUCUCCGGCUUCAUUGGCUUUGACCCCUGAAGACGGGCCCUUAUCUGCCUCAUGUAGCCAGCCACCAUCUCCAGCAUCAUUGGCUUUGACUCAAGCCAAGGACUCAGCAUUAUCUGACUCAUGUAUCCAGCCAUUAUCUCCAGCUUCAUUGGCUUUGACACCUGAAGACGGGGCCUUAUCUGCCUCAUGUAGCCAGCCACCAUCUCCAGCUUCAUUGGCUUUGACCCAAGCCAAGGACUCAGCAUUAUCUGACUCAUGUAUCAAGCCAUUAUCUCCGGCUUCAUUGGCUUUGACCCCUGAGGAUGGGGCCUCAUCGGCUUUAAUCCAAGCCAAGGACUCAGCAGUAUCUGCCUCAUGUAGCAAGCCACCAUCUCCAGCAUCAUCGGCUUUGACCCAAGCCAAGGACUCAGGAUUAUCUGCCUCAUGUAGCCAGCCACCAUCUCCAGCAUCAUCGGCUUUGACCCAAACCAAGGACAAAGCAUUAUCUGCAUCAUGCAACCAGAAACCAUCUCCGGCUUCAUUGGCUUUGACCAAAACCAAGGACAAAGCAUUACCUGUAUCAUGUAACCAGCCACCAUCUCCGGCUUCAUUGUCUUCGACCCCUGAAGACUGGUGGGAAGUAUCUGUCUCAUGUAUCCAGCCACCAUCUCCGGCUUUAUUGGCUUUGACCCAAACCAAGGACAAAGCAUUAUCUGCAUUAUGCAACCAGCAACCAUCUCCAGCUUCUGUGGCUUUGACCCCUGAUGACUGUUGGACAUUAUCUGCCCCACGUAUCCAGGCACCUGUGGCACCUGUGGCUUCGGCCAAAACCAAGGAUUCGGCAUUAUUAGUCCCAUCUAGCAUCCCACCAUCUAAAGCUUCACUGACGCCAGGAAACACCAGCAACAGAGAUUUAUGCCAGCUUAAUACAUCCAAAUGUAGUUUCUACCUACAGGCCUUUACGGCUCACAAACUUCUUGGAGAAGGUUCUUUUGGAAAGGUUGUGCUAGCAUCCUAUAAUGCCACCAACAAAAAGGUGGCCAUCAAGACUGUGAAGAAGAGACGCAUGCUCCAGAAGAAUCCCAAAGGUGCCAUGAUCGAGCUUAAGGUGUUGAAACAAAUUAGAGACAAUCGUUUCGUGACUUGUCUAUAUGGCAGCUUUCAGACUGAGGAAUACCUUCUAUACGUCAUGGAAUAUCUCAGAGGAGGGAGCAUCCGCGAUCUUAUAGUGGCUCAAGCCCCACUUUCUCCAGUUGUGAUAAGAAUGCUGACAUCGGAAAUAAUUUGCGGCCUCCAGUACCUUCAUGGCAAAGGAAUCAUGCACAGGGACAUCAAGCCGGAAAAUGUGCUUUUGGACGAAUAUGGCCAUCCUAAAAUUGCAGAUUUCGGCGUUGCAGUGACAGACGUGUUUCCUCCAAAGAAGAUCACAGGAACUGCAGGAACCGUAAAAUAUAUGGCUCCAGAGGAAAUGAAGGGAAAUGACACAAAGACAGAAAAAAGUCCCUUGUCUCGUUCCCUGCUCCUUUCAAACUAA